AUCCGGGUUAUGCAGUUCUUUGGUGUACUGUUCUCCUAACCAAACGAGCUCCUUCAAAACAAUAUCAUCGGGAGUGCUGUCAGCAUUGCUGCAGAGAUUGAAGAGGUGGGAGGUCAGCCUGUUAGUGCUCAGACCAUUCGCCGCACUCUACAUCAAAUUGGUGUGCAUGGCUGUCACCCCAGGAGGAAGCCUUUUCUGAAGACGGUACACAAGAAAGCCCGCAAACAGUUUGCUGACGACAUGUCAACAAAGCACAUGGAUUACUGGAACCAUGUCCUUUGGUCUGAUGAGACGAAGAUGAAUUUGUCUGGUUCUGAUGGUCUCAAGCAAAUGUGGUGGCAACGAGAUGUCACUGUAGAAGAUCUUCACCAUGAGAAGCACGAUCCCCUCCACGUUAAGCAGGAAGAGGACUCUGAGAUACCGUACAUAAAGCAGGAGGCAGUGCCAGAGACCCCCGACAUGAAAGAAGAAGACCAGGAAGUUGAAAUCCCCAAGUUUCCAAUGGGUGUCGUUGUGAAGAGCGAAGAAGACGAAGGACCAAGCGAAGAGAGCGGAGCAGCGGACCCUUUGAGCGACAGCUCAUUUCAGCACGUGACAACAAAAGGAGAGCAACCGGACAUCCUCAUAGCGCCGCUUUCGGACAGCGAUGACAUAACGUCACAUUAUUCUGACUUUAAUACUGAUGAGGAGGAGGAAGAACGUGACCAAAAUGCUUCAAAAUCUUCAAACAAGUCAUCAUUGAAAAGAGACACACAGCAAUGUGCGGUUGGGAAACCAUUCACCUGCACACUUUGUGGUAAAAGAUUUUCUCGUAAAACAAAUUUAGAAAUUCAUAAGCGUACACACACUGGAGAGAGGCCUUUUGCUUGCACACUUUGCGGUAAAAGAUUCACCGAGAAGAGAAGGUUAAACAGACACACAAACAGACACACUGGAGAGAAGCCUUUCGCUUGCACACUUUGUGGUAAAAGAUUCACUCAAAAGGUUCAUUUAAACAUUCACACAAGAACACAUACUGGAGAGAAGCCUUUUGCCUGCACACUUUGUGGUAAAAGAUUCAUCGAGAAGGGACGUUUAAACAGACAUACCAGAAACCACACUGGAGAGAAGCCUUUUGCCUGCACACUUUGUGGUAAAAGAUUCACUCAGAAGGCAGAUUUAGAAAGGCAUAAGCAUACACACACUGGAGAAAAGCCUUUUAUAUGCUCACAUUGUGGUAAAAGAUUCAUUGAGAAGACUGAUUUAGAAAGGCAUCAGCGUACACACACUGGAGAAAAGCCUUUUGCCUGCACAUCUUGCGGUAAAAGAUUCUUUGAUAAGAGAGGUUUAAACAGACACACAAACAGACACACUGGAGAGAAGCCUUUCGCCUGCACACUUUGUGGUAAAAGAUUCACUCAAAAGGCUCAUUUACAAAGACAUAAGCGGACACACACCGAAGAGAAACCUUUUGCCUGCACACUUUGCGGUAAAAGAUUCACCGAGAAGGGAGUUUUAAACAAACACGAAAGCAAGCACACUGGAGAGAAGCCUAAUGCCUGCACACUUUGUGAUAAAAAGUUCUUCACGAAGGCAAAUUUAAACAUUCACAAAAGAACACACACUGGAGAGAAGCCUUUCGCCUGCACACUUUGCGAUAAAAGAUUCCCUCAGAAGUCGGAUUUAGAAAGGCAUAAGCGUACACACACUGGAGAAAAGCCUUUUAUCUGCUCACCCUGUGGUAAAAGAUUCACUAGUAAGACGGAUUUAGAAAGGCAUAAGCACACACACACUGGAGAAAAGCCUUUUGCAUGCUCACUUUGUGGUAAACGAUUCGCUCAGAAAGGAAAUUCAGUAAAGCACGCAAGAAACCACACUGAGUAAAAACCUUUGAAUUCUAGCGUGUGACAAAAUAUUCUUAUUCCUGCAUUUACAGUGGGAAAAGCAUUUCAAUUUCAUUAUUCAGUUUCCCAUGAGCCUCUUUUGAAAGUUGUUGAAAUGAUUUUUCACGUGUUUUUUUUUUUUUUUACAACUAUCCAAUACACAGGGCUGUCAACAGACUUGCUGGGGCCCGGGGACAAGAGACCAUGAUAGGGCCCCAACCCCACCCCUGCUACCGGCUUGUUACGACAACAUACGCAGUACUUUAACGCUUUGCAAGCAAUGACAGUGUUUUUUUUUUUCAUCAUUUAAUUUGAGAUGGACGGUAAAUUUAACAGACCAUAAUGUGAUGUGACACAAUAUGAAUAAACAAUUUUCAUCUAUUGUCCCAUGUUGGCUUCAAUACAAUACACCUGAGAGUGCCAUGCCUGUCUGCUGAGCAGCAAAACUGUAUAACUAAACAUCCUGCCCCCUCCACAUCCCUGGGGUUAUCAAGCCCCUCAAACAGUGAUGCACCUAGAUUUUUUGACAGCAAAGUCAUUUAUAACAUCUGUGAAAUCCAUGUCUUUGAGCAAGCUCUCUGUUACCGGCAUCCCCAAGGGGCCGCUGUCCCCUACAAUAUGACCGGUGUUCGGCCAUUCCUUACUACGCGACGAAAUGUCCUACACAAUGCUCAGCGCGCUUGCGCAAGCAUCCGCACACAUGCGCACAUUGGUUGGAAGCGGCGAGUAAUCACUAUUUUUGUUUUUAUUUAGUUUUUUAGAACCUUCUCACUGCCUCAAAUAUACUUUUUGCAUGUAUUCCCCUCUAAUACUUUUAACCAUUGUGUUUUUUUGUGUCAGCUUUGAAGCAGUUGACCACAUUAGUCAUGUAGCGUAUUUAAACCGUCCUUAUUUGAUGUAACUUCGUUGAAGUAUUUUCUUCAGGCAUUUUUUUAGUACGCUAUGCCUGUAUGCAUCUAAACAAAACAAGUUUAGAGCACACGGUCGUACUUUGGGUGUCAAAUUCGACCAAUGUAGGACAUUUCCCCGAUGUAGCAGAUUUUGGCAGAACACCGGCUUUACCAAUUUGGCAUAGACGAAGAGGUGGGUUAGCAUAAGGGGGUGAGAUUGGAAUUGUUGAGAGUUGUUGCGCGGUAGCGCUGAGUUGAGUGGCUGUGAGUCCCCCAUUGUUAAUAAAAGUUCCAACAAA